GUGCCCCACAUGCACGGGCUGGGCCGCGACAGAGGUGGCCCCGCAAGCCCCGAGGAUGGGGAGGACGCUACCCAGCCCGGUGGGCUCAAGGCGCGCACGGUGACGGAGAAGAUCCGGCUGCCCGCCCUGGUGGAGAAGGAGGCCAAGGCCCACACGCGCGAGGAGGCGGCUGAUUGGGUGAAGAACGAGGAGAACCUGUGGACCCAGUUCGCACAGAGGGCGCUGGGCACGGGCCCCGGACCGCGGGCGGCCGCGGCGGAGGACGCCCUCGCCGCACUGCCGGAGGCCGAGGGCGCCCUGAAGGUCCCGCAGUUGCUGGCCCAGAGCCUCCGUGCCAUGCGGGACCAGCCGAGCGCGGACGAGCCCAGUAUGCUGCGGCCGAUAACGGUGUACGACACGGGGAACCUCGGCAUCGAGAGUAUGCUCAAGAGGUCUACGGCGAAGCACACGCCCCUGGCCCAGGCGAUGGAAGACAAGCCCGAAGCUCUGAUGGACAUCAUGGACGCAGAGCUGCACAGUCAGGUGAGCAUGCGGGCCGCCCCCAACGAGAUCCGGCCCAACCGCUCCAUGAAGCGCCUGACGCGCACUACGAAGGUGCUCCGCAAGACGGGCAACUUCUGCUCCACGGACAACCGUGAUCGCGUCCAAGCAGAGAUAGAAAAGAGGCGGGCCGACCGGAAGGCUAUAUGGAAGGACCCGAAAUUGCAGCGCUUCGCGGCCGAGAAGAUCCAGCGCGUGUGGCGGUCGUGGUACGCCUACUGCCAGGAGAACGCCGAGUGGAUGACGAUCACUUGGAUCUGCGCGACCAUGAUCCAGUCGCACUGGCGCUCCUACCACGUGCGGAGGCUGAGGAUGGACCGGGCCGCCUGCGACAUCCAGCGCCACAUCCGCGGCUUCUUGGUGCGGAACGUGCUGAAGAGACACACCGCAGCGGUGACGAUCCAGCGGCGAGUCGUGGGCAUCCAGACCAGGGCCAAGAUCGCCAAGCUGCACGAGCACGCGACCACCAUCCAGAGGCUUGUUCGCGGUGGCCUCGCGCGCCACUACUGCACGGACCUCCGCGCCUUCCAGACGGACGUGGCCACCAUCAUCCAGAAGCACGUCCGCGCGUACCAGGCCCGGUGCCGCGUGCUUGCCAAGCGCUCGGAGAAGCAGAAAGCUGACACGCUGCUCAAGGCUACGACCGACCUCCAGCGCAUGUUCCGCGGCUGGAAGGGCCGCCAGCACUGCCAGAUCAAGAGCGAGGAGCGCGAGCUCUACCGCGCCAGGAGCCAGGCGGCGACCGUGAUCCAGUGCUCCGUCAGGCGCGUGCAAGCCAAGAAGAGGGUGGACUGCGUGCGCUCGGACAGGGACGAGGAGAUGGCCAAGGCCGUGACGUUUGUGCGCAAGGUGUGGCUCGGGCGGCAGGCGAGGAGGCGCCUGCAGGCGGUCAAGGAGAGCUUCGAGGCGAACCCCGAGGACAUCAUCACGCUCCAGCGCUACCUGCGAGGCUGCAUCGUGCGCGUGAGGCUGUGGCGAGAGGCGGUCCAGACAGAGGAGAAGCUGUGGGCGGCGAUCGAGAUCCAGCGCGCGUGGCGGGGUUACGCCGGCCGCAGGGGUCGCGGCAAAGCCAUCAGCAGUCAUCACUGA